AUGUCUCUUAUGGUAGUCAAGGUCGCAUCAACAGCCUUAUAUCAACAGCAGCAGCAGCCGCAGCAGCAGCAGCAGCAGUUACUCAACCACGUUGAGCCAACGGUGGCGGAGACAACGUCCAGUACAGAAAGUGACAACCACGGCGACAGCCCGGCUCAAGCAGCGGAACGCCUAAACAUUGAGAAGAUGCGUGCCAAGUUACAGCAAUUGCAGCACGAGCAGCAGCAACAAUAUCGUCUGCAGCAACAACAAAUGCACCUGCAUCUGCAGCAGAUGCAUCAGCAGCAGAUGCAGAUGCAGUUGCAUGCGAACGAUGUGGAUGCGGGUGUCGUGGCUGAUGUGGAGACUGGCGCGGCUGGCGAAACUGCCUACUUAUUGGAGCGUGCCGACGACGUUGCGCCCAUUUACGGAACAUGGCGCACGAAAGCGAGACGACCCCAGCCGCCAGGCAACAUGCUGCAGCACGCAACAUCUAUGCAGCUAAACGGGCCCGCCGAUGGCGACGCCAACGCCAACGGCGUCGACGAUAAUCAUCUGUAUGAGCGCCUGCCCAGGCGAUCCGUCACAAUGACGCCGCUGCGUGAUGUGCUGCGCGAUCAGCUGCCACGGCCGCCGCGCCUAUCCACACAGCGGCCACCCUCGUCGGCGCUGCUGCGGCGCCAGUACUCGGAGACGCCGGGCACAUUGGCAAUGCGCGAUGAUUUCAAGCCGAAGCCGUUUCACUUUCCAUUCGAUGGCCCACUACCGGAGCAGUUCAAGAAGGGCGAGGCGGAGCGCCAGCAUGGCACGCUGAACAACAUCCAGGACAUCUUGCACAAUCUGCACAUCAAUAGCGUGAUGCCCAGCAAGAUGCCGCAAAUGAUGACGGCGCCGUCGCUGGUGAUGAUGCCCACGGGCCUGCACAUUGCCGGCAGCUAUAAGAAUCUCAAGUCCAGCGGCAUAGCCAAUUUCUUUCGGGGCAAGCGCAACAAGAAACAGAUGCAGUUCAGCAUACCGAUGCCCAUGUUUCCCAUGGGCAUGCCCAUGCCGAUGUACGGUGGUGCGCCGCAUCAGCGCGUAGCCAUCGAGCAGCUGUAUCCCUAUAAGCCACGCUCGCCGCAGGACAUCAAUUUGCUGGCCCUGCAGCAGGCGCCCAACAGCAAGCCCAGCUCCAAGAAGAAAAACAAAAAGCAGCAGCAGCAGGAGCAGAGCAACUACAACAUGUUGCUGGAGCACGGCACCCAACAGCACUUGGUGGUCGAUCCCUUCCUGCAGAACUUUCCACCAAUCAUCGCGCUGAAUGCGACACGUCAGCCGCAACAUAAGCGCAUACCCUUCAAACUGAACCUGGACAUAUAUCCGGUGCUGCCACCCUCGAGGCCCACCUCCGUGCUGCGCAAUCCCUUCCACGGCGACUACGCACUGCCCUCGGCUGGGCCACUAACGGCCUCCAAUGGACCCAUCUAUGCGCAGCCGCAGGGUCUCUACCAGUCGCCCUUCAAGUUUCCCACACAACCGCCCAGCCACCUGCCCAUGAUCUUUCCCGAGCAUGGCACUCGCUACAGCCAGCAACAGCAGCAGCAACAGCAGCAUCAGCAGCAGCAGCAGGCGCUUUACCAGUCGCCAAAGUUUGCCGCACAGCAGCAGCAAAAUUCGGGCCCUGAGGAUUGCAUCUAUGCGCAGCAGGCCAAUGGCAAUGGCAACACUGGACCGGUAGACUCGCACUCCAAUCAGAUAAUGCUGCACUUGAAUGUUUUUCCCAAGCAGAAGCCCACGACACCGAUGCGCGCCUCCACCAAUCCCUUCUACAGCCACAAUUUUGGUGCGGGCUUGCAGCGCAAUACUUUCAGCGCCAGUGAGCAGGAGCAGCCGCUGCCCAAGCCUCCAAGUCCCAUUGAGCCACGCCAGGUGGCACCCGCACAGUCCCAGCCCGGCAACAGCUCGCUGGCCGCAACCACAGCUCAGCCGCAGCAGAACCAAACCCAACAACAACAGCAGCAGCAGCAGCCAGGGAAUCAUUCGAUUUCACGCAGCGACAAUCUUUCGCUGAUCGACUUUGAGCAUCCCAUUGUGGCGGCUGAGGUGCCCCAGCUGCCGCAUCCUGCUGCACUAACUGGCAAUCCUCCCAAUCAUGGUCGCUAUAGCGUCCAGGGCGAUCAUUUUCGCUACCACAAAACUCCACAUAUCGAUCAACUGGCCGCCGAGGCACAAACGGCUUCGCUCUUUCGCUUUCCCGUCGAGGAUCUGAUACAGUUCCAGGUGGACGAUGCGCUCUAA